ACUAUGUUUGUCUGCGGUGAUUUAAACAAAGAUCAGAUCUCAUUUUAUGAACACUUUCCCUGUUCCCAAAGGGCUUCGGAAGUCUGUGUUUCAAAUAUUUUGACUCAUGCAAACGGAGGUCAACAAAAUAGUGUCACUGGCCGCACCUACCACUCAAAAAUAAUAACGUAUUAAUCAAAACACAGCAUCGUUAUGUUCGUCAAGGUGAAACUCACAUGAAGGAAUCAUCUACCAGAACUCAGAUUGCAGCGGCAGCGUAAUUACAUAAAAUGCCUGGCCUGCAAAUGCAUACGUUGUGAUGGAUUCUGACGAGAAUGAGGUGGAAAGCAGCAGCGAUGCCGGCCCCUCCGGCAUGGAGGAGCCGUCGGAGAGUGGCAUGGGCAUGGAGUCGUCGGAGGCCAUGUUGGCCGACAGCAGCGACGCCGCCUCUUCUCACGUGCAACCGCCCGAGUCGGACUGUCAUGUGGGACAGAGCUCCGAGGGAUUUGUGGUCUUCAUCCCUGAGACCAGCUCCAGCACGGACGUCCGAGUGUCCUCGGUUCACCUCCCGGACUCCUCCUCGGUCGCCCAGUCCACGAGCGUUUCCAGCGUGUCCACGGUGACUCAGUCGGUGCUGGUUUCCGAGUCAGUCCAAGUGCUCGUUCACUCCAGCGCCGCCGCGUCGGAAGGAGCCAUGAUGGUGUCCGACUCCACUGCCUCAACCUCAUCCGACCUGGGCUCGGCCAUCGACAAGAUCAUCGAGUCCACCAUCGGCCCGGACAUCAUGAACGGUUGCAUAGCCGUCACCAGUGCGGAAGACAGAGACGCGGAACCGACCCAAUAUCUCAUCCUACAAGGUGCUCCUAUGGUAGCCCACAUGUCCUCUUCGGCCCUGUCGAAUCGUAUCGCCAUCGAGGCACUUUCCGAGGGUCCCACGUCCACCUGUCUGGACCAAGGAGACAUGCAGAGGAGCCUGGAGCCCGACCAGCCCGACGACCGACCCGGACACUCGGGCUACCCAGAAGACAGCAGCAGUCAUCCGGAUCAGCCCCAACACUCUCACCCCUCCCAGUACAUGGACUGCGGUGCGGAUGGCCCGGACCAAACGGGGGAGUCCUCACCUUCCUACGCCGAGUGCUCUGAAGAACCCGACCAGACGCGCUCCCGCUCGGGCUUCGCCGACUACAGUGGCGACAACAGCGACCAGGACCUUCCCGGGUAUGUGGAAUGCAGUAGGGCGGAUUCCAACCCCACCAACCUGGGCAACUACGUGGUGGAGUGCAGCGCCAGGUAUCUGCGCGGCGCGGAUGACGGAGAGCGGCCGCAUCACUCGCGCGCCUACAUCGACAGCAGCGCGGAUCACGAGACGCAGACCGGCCGGCAAUACGGCGGCGAGUAUGGCGGCGUUGCCGCCGCCGAUUCUGAGCAACCCGAGUGUUCCCGUUACGCGGAGAACAGCAACGGCCCCGACGCGUCUCUCUAUACUGACGACAGCUCCUCGUCAGACCAGCCCGUCGCCGACACGGCAGAUUCCGGGGGGGUCGCGGAGACGGCCGAGUGCAGCCAGAGCCGACCGGGGCUCUACAUCAGCAGCAGUGGCACCUACACGUCCGACACCAAGCCCGCCGUGGCGCCGCCGCAUUGCUCAGCCGGCCGGGACGACCCUCGGCAGGAGGAAGCCGCCCCGGGCGGGGACGUGGACGCGUCGGCCGUGGCUGAAGGUUCCGGAGACCGGCCGCCCAACUUGGCUGAACUGGAGGAGAUGAUGGAAGUUGUGAUCGUUCAGCAGUUCAAGUGCAAAAUGUGUCCGUACAAGAGUGUCUCCAAAGACACGCUGAUUAACCACAUGAGGGACAAACACUUCAAACCCGCAGGGGGUUUGCAAACCAAGCGCAAACGUGGCCGACCUCCCAAAAACUCCAUGCCGGCUCCCCAGCAGGCAGACCAAGAGAAGAAGGACGCGGCGGUUAUGGAGAGAAGAGCCAAGCAGGCAAAGGUGUCUGCAUCUCAUCAGGCUGAGGAGGAUGAAGAUCAGGAAGACCAGGUUCCGGAUGCGGGUGCGAUUGAUGACUCUGAAGAGGACAGUAACUACAACCCAGCUGAAGAGGACUGCCGCGGACGACUACCUGCCAUUUUGAAAAAACGCACCCCUCCCAUCUCUUCCUCCUCUCAAGCUCGUCCGCAGCGUCGAGUUGGCCGUCCGAGAAAAUACAAACUUCUGGAAGAAGGUGACGACGGCCAAGCGGCGGAGAGUUUGGCGAAGAAGCCGAGAGCGAACGCUGACCCCGGCGCGGCGGACGAGGCCAGCUCCUCGGGCUUGGACAACGACGGCGGCGGCGGCGUUCUGGCGGCCGACGGGGACGAGGUGGAGGUGGUGGUGAGCCAGUCCGACUCUGAGAACAAAGACCCCUCAUCCAACUCGCAGCAAGAAGAAUUCUUUGAGAGGAAACGAGGCCGCCCCUCCAAGUGCUUUCUUCGCAAGAAAUACAAGAAGCAUUUGAGUCGCAAUCGGUACUUCAAAUCCCUCAAGCCGCUCCUGAGACCUCACAGCUGCUGGAUCUGCGGCUCGCGCUUCCUCACGCAGGAAGAUCUGCGCUUCCACGUGGACUCCCACGAAGGCAACGAGCCGGAGCUCUUCAAAUGCCUCCAGUGCAACUACCACUGCAAGCGCUGGUCCUCACUCAAGGAACACAUGUUCAACCACGAAGGUACAAAACCUUUCAAAUGUGAGAAGUGCGAUUACUCGAGCGUGUACAAGAAAGAUGUCAUUCGUCACACCGCCGUUCACAACAAAGAAAAGAAAAAAAAGACAGACGCGCCGUCGGCGACGGUCACCGAGUUCCCGUGUCCCGUGUGUCACAAAGUUUACCCCAUGCAGAAGAGGCUGACUCAGCACUUGAAGACCCACAGCGCAGAGAAGCCGCAUAUGUGCGAUAAGUGUGGCAAAUCCUUCAAGAAGCGCUACACAUUCAAAAUGCACCUCCUGACGCACCUCCAGAGUGUGGGAGACAGCACCUUCAAAUGCGAAUUUUGUGACUACACUUGCGCCAACAAGAAGUUGCUGCUCAACCACCAGCUGUCCCACACCAGCGACCGACCCUUCAAGUGCAGCCACUGCAAAUACACCACCUCUAAAGAAGACUUCCUCGUGUCCCAUCUGGCCAUUAAGCAUACAGGAGACAAACCCUUUGCCUGCUCGAUGUGUCACUUUGGCACCAAACAUCGCAAGAAUCUCCGCCUCCACGUGCAGUGUCGCCAUCCGGAAGCUUUCGAGGAGUGGUCCGUCUCUCACCCGGCGACGGAGACCAAGACGCGCCGCAAGCCUUUUUUCGCCCUGCAGCACGUCGAGGAGCAAAAACAGCAAGACGAGGACGCGGCGCAAGUGGUGCCCAACGCCAUCGUUUCAGUGGACCCUGUUGCUCUGGAGGCGAUUCAGGGGAUGGCGAACGCUUCGGUGUCCCAGGAUGCCCUGGGAAACACCACCAUCAUCUAUGAACAAGCCGAGUCCGGUGAGCUCUCCGCCCAGAACGCCCUGAGCCUGCUGCUGAAUAUGAGCAACGCCCGGGAUUUGGUGGGAGACGCCUUACAAGUAGCCGUGCUCAAGUCGGACGGCAGCGCCGAGGUCAAAGCUCUCGAGAAGGAAACGUGGGGCGCGGUGUCGGCGGCACCGGGCCAGGCCCACAAAGUCGUCACCGUCCACGUCUCCGAGAACGGCGACGCCGUUUUGCAGGAGGCCUACGGGGCGGAGACGGAAGCCAUCGCUCAGAUCGCCAUGGAAACCUACACGGACGACGGGGAGUUCAACGUGGUGGAGCAGGUGACCGAAGAAGUCCAAAGCUCCGAGUGCAGUAAUGAGAAGAACGAUCAGGUGCGGGCCGUCGAGGAGUCCGAGGCGCAGAGCCCGAAAACGGAAAAGUUCUACCUCGCUUCUGGGUUGGCCGACGGUGUUCUGCAACAGGUGGAGCUAAGCAGCGAAGCGCCCGCCUCGCCUCCUGCGGCGAGCUCGCCCAGCGUCAGUGCCAAGCGGUUCUCUUGUCGCAUAUGCAUGGAGUCCUUCCACGGCCGCUCGGACAUGGAAAACCACAAGCGGGCGCAUGUGGAUCCCAACACCUUCAAGUGUCCAGACUGUGACUUCACCUCAAACUCUUGGCCUGAGGUUAAGGCUCACACGGAGCUGCACUCGUACUUGCGGCCUCACAAGUGCCUCAGCUGCAGCUUUGCCUCCAAGAACAAGAAGGACCUGCGCAGACACCUGCUGACGCACACCAACGAAAAGCCCUUUUCUUGCAAACUUUGUGGCCAGAGCUUCAAUCGCAACGGCCACCUCAAGUUCCACAUGGAGCGUCUCCACAACCAGGAACAGACCACCACGCGCAAAACCCGCGCCGCCCUGUCCCAGCAGACGAUCAUCGUCAACAGUCACGAGGAGGCGCUGGCCACGCUGCAGUCCCUGCAGGCCCACCAGGCCGUCAUCAGCCCAGAUCAACUGCAGGCUCUGGGGCCGGAGCACAUCAUUGUGGCCCAAGACCAGUCUUUAACGGAGCAGGAGGAGGGCGCAUACAUCCAGCAGAUCACCACCAUUGACGGACAGACGGUCCAGCACCUCAUGACGGGAGACAACCAGGUCACUGAGGUGCAGUACAUCAUCUCCCAGGACGGGGUGCAGCACUUACUACCGCAGGAGUACGUGGUGCUGGCAGAAGGCAAUCACAUUGAGAUGCCAGAUGGGCAGAUCAUCCAGUAUGAGCAUGACGGAGUCUUUCUGCAGGAGCAGCAGAUCGCGGUCAGCGCUGACGCUCCAAUCCAGUACCUGCCCGUUGCUGCCUCGGAACAGAAAGAGCUGGAGGUUGGCGCCCAAUCUGCCGUCACAGCGGUGGCAGACGCGGCGGUGACGGUGCAGGCGCAGGCGCAGGUGCAGGCGCAGGUGCAGGCGCAGGUGCAGGAGGUCUACACGGAGGCAACGCCCGAGCAGCUGGCGCAACUUCAACAGCAGCAGCCGGGGGGCCACUAUGACGUCAUUCCC